UGACUUGACCGCUGCCGUCGCUUGCACUCGGCGCUAAACUUUUGACAUCAGUUCGCUUUCUGUUUCCCGCGGCACCAGACAGUCAGUUCAAAUGGUGUGGGGGAUGAUCACACUUCCCCGCGUUUUGUGUAAGGUGUGCUAGAAAAUUGCACAAUUUUGACGUCACUUGUGCUUAAGCCAGCGAUUUUUGUCGCCUCUUAUCUGUAUUUGACUUCGAAUUGUUGUUCAUCAGUUCGCGAAGUGUUCGUGUGACACGAAAAGUGAAAUUUAUCGGGAAUACUCCAUAAGUUCUUGAAGAUACCAAUUGGUUUUGAUUUAAAGUGUUCAAUAUUUAUCAACUGAAACAGAAAGAUAAUUUUAUGAUAUAUAUUUUUUAAUUCAGUUCAUACAUUAUUGAAAAAUAUAUAUUUUUACUGGCGUUCGAACAGUGCUACAGAAAAAUCAAGCGAUCAUUUUAAUGAACUGACAGUUGUUCUUUGAAUUACAUAUGUCAUCCUAAGGUACUCAAGUAAUUAGCUGAAAAAUAACUACACCGAUAUUUUAAAUACUUCAAUGUGAAUUUAGUAUUUUUGUAGAUAUUUGAAAGCACGCUGUGGAGAAGUCUUUUAGUGAAUAUCUAGCUCAAUAUUUUCAACAUGCCUUUAUUCAGCGGCAAGAAAAAGAAGGAAGAAUACAGGAAUAAUCUUACAAAUGGUAGCGGUUCCUCAACAGCUCCAAGUUCUCCCGGAACACCGGAGCGUUCAACUACUCCGAAUAAUAUUCCAUAUAUGAAUGGACAGAUGAGUCCAAAGCCAAACGAACAACGAGAACUCCCAGUUCACAAACCUAAAUUAGUCUUCCACUGUCAGCAGGCUCAGGGAAGUCCCACGGGAAUUAUUUCUGGAUUCACUAAUAUUAAGGAAUUGUACCAAAAGAUAUCUGAAUGCUACGACUUUCCUGUUUCUGAUAUUUUGUUCUGCACACUAAAUACCCACAAAGUUGAUAUGUCCAAACUUCUCGGUGGCCAAAUAGGUUUAGAUGACUUCAUCUUUGUUCAUCGUAAAGGUCAAGCAAAGGAAGUAGAAAUUACCAAAAAUGAAGAUGCUUUAGGAUUAACUAUAACGGACAAUGGUGCGGGUUAUGCUUUCAUAAAAAGGGUUAAAGAAGGAAGUUUAAUCCAUGGACUCGGAUUUGUACAGGUUGGCGAUCACAUUGAAAAAAUUAACGACGUGUCCAUGGUUGGUUGCCGGCAUUUUGAAGUUGCCAAACAGCUAAAAGAUGUACCAAAAGGUUCCUUAUUCACUCUUAGGCUUAUAGAACCUCUGAGAGCUGGAUUCUCUCAUAUUGGGCCUCGCAGUGGUUUGUCUGGAAGUAAUAAAAAGGGUACCGUUGGUUCCGGAAAAGAAACAUUGCGGUUAAGAGCGAAAGGACCAGCAACUAUAGAAAAAGCACCAACUGAUGUUGUUCAAGCAGCUGUGGAGAAAAUCAAUAGUCUUUUAGAAUCAUUUAUGGGAAUCAACGAUUCUGAACUUGCUACACAAAUAUGGGACUUAGGACGCGAAAAGGCGAAUCCACACGAUUUUGUUACGGCAAUAGAUAGCUCAGAUUUGGAAGCUUUUGGAUUUACAGAUGAUUUCAUUUUUGACUUGUGGGGAGCGAUAAGUGAUGCAAAAACAGGACGUCUGAAAAGUGACUCUUACAGGACGUCAAUGUGAACAGAAAAUGAACUGAAAUCACAAAACUUCCUACUGCUUUUGGAUGUAAGGACUGAUCCACUGAAUUAAAUGAUAUAAUGAAUGAUGCCAUUAUAUAUAUUUUUACAUGUUAUAUCAUUUUUGAGAAUGUCAGUGGCAUUGCAAUUUGAAAUAUUGUUUAUCCUUUAAAAUUUUUAAAUGUGUGUUAGCUGCGUUUAUAAUAAA